AUGCCAAUAUUUAUUAACGAUUGGCCAAAUAAUAUUGUUGAACCUGAAGGAUCAAAGUUAGUCCCUAUUUCAGAAGAAAUUGAUUUUGAUAAAAUCGUAGAGUGCUCAGUUGAAGGGAAUAAGACAAUUGAAGAUUUAUCACAAAAACCACAUUUUGAAUUAAUAAACUACAGUGUUCAAAUACAUAAUACACAUGAAGACCAGAACAUAGAUUUACCAAAGUCUCAAUCAGUACAAAUUAUUUCAGUUCAAUGUAAUAUCAAAAUAUCUUUUAAUUUAACACCGAUAAGAAAAGGAGUUAAAAACUCUGUAAAAACCCCGUUUGUACUAACUUCGGCACAGUGGAAAGCACAAGAAAGUGAAAAAACCAGAAUAAAAGAAGAAAAAGCAGAAGGGAUCAAGAAAAGAAAAGAAGAAAGGGAACGAAAGAAAAUAGAAAAUGAGAAACGACCGGCGCCAAAGAAACAAAAAAAAUAA